AUGGCUAUGAAUUCUUCUAGUGCAUCUAAUGCAAACACCACAAACAAUAUAUGUGGUUCAUUGCCUUCUUCUACGCAAUCUAGGGAUCCGGCAUGGGAACGGGGUGAACGCAAAGACCCAGAAAAUCCAAAUAUUAUUACCUGUUUGUUAUGUAACAAAUUAAUCCGUGGUGGUGGAAUCAUAAGGCUUAAGGAGCAUCUCGUAGGAAAGUCAGGGAAUACUUCACCAUGUCCGAAUGCAACCACUUCUGUUAUCAACAAAGUAAAUCAGUUGUUUGCUGUAAAGAAGACCGAAAAUGCUCAUAGGGCUAACAUUGAUUUAGCGUACCAGCGUACAUUCAACUCUGAUGAAGGCUCUGAUGUUGACACAGAUGUUGGGGAACAACAAGUUGAAAUUGAUGGCAAUGUUGGCAGUGGUAGUGGUGUUGUUUUACAUGUUCAAAAUCAGACGAAGAGAAAGCGAAUAACCCAAAGUAAUACAAGAGGUCCUAUUGAUUUAUAUAUGAGGACAGAUCACAAGAAAACUCAAAAGGUCACCGCUGAAAGGAACUGUGCAGUGAAAGAGAAGUUAUUGAAGACUGCAUGGAAAUGCAUAUCAUCUUGGAUGACUGAGAAUUCAGUGGCAUUUAAUACCGUUCGUUGCCCAAGUUUCAAAGAAAUGAUCUUUGCAAUUGGUGAUUACGGGAAAGCUAUGCCCCCCCCCCCAUCUUACCAUCAGAUUCGUACCAAUCUUUUCAAGGACCGAUUAGAAGAAAUGAGGAUGUUCGUUGAUACCUUUAGGGAACAUUGGAAGAGGUUUGGAUGUUCUAUCAUGUCAGAUGGUUGGACGGAUGGGAAAAAGAGACAUCUUAUUAACUUUUUGGUGAAUUGUCCUAAAGGUUCAGUAUUUUUGACGUCUGUGGAUGCCUCAGAUAGAACCAAUGAUGCUGAUUUCAUUCGUAAGCUUGUAAAGGAGGUAAUUGCUGAUGUUGGUACAGAAAAUGUGGUUCAGUUCAUUACUGAUAAUGGUUCUAACUUCAAUUAA